UUCACUAAAGCGCAAACAGCGCCGCGUCGAAAUCGAAAUUUUAAAACAAAAUUGAUUUUAUUGUGUUGUGAUUGUAAUACUUUCAUCACUUUUCAUUUCAAGAUUUACACGAUCCCCAAAUCUCCAGCUUCGGCUGCCACUAUACUAGCUUGAUUCAAAAUAUUCGAUAUUGCUCUACAUUCGAAUCGUAAAUUUUUGCAAAGUUUUCCUAAUAUCUUCAAUAUUGUAUGGGUCAAUCUCGAACCUGGGUGAAUAUGUCUCAAGAGCAUUUGGAAAUAACUUAUUAAAAUAACAAAAAAUAACAAUAAAAAUGGGAAAACGUAAUAAUAACUUUCUGUGGGGUAUAAUUUUCGCAUCUGCUACAUGGACAGUUUCAUUGUAUUUGUAUUGGCUCCUCAAUAGUACCAAUCAAACAUCCCCCACAACUGAAGGCCGGCUUCAUUACCGCUACAUCAACACGGAUGAAAAGGACAAAAUAAAGAACAAUGACAAAUCAAUUGCUUUCUUAGAAGGCAAAGAUCUUCUUGAUGAUGGUCCCAGGCAUAACAGCCUUGACAGAUUUGAUGGAAGUAAUUGGAAAGUACAAAGAAACAGGGAGGAAUAUCAGAAGAAGAUGAUGCUGAAAGAGAAAUUCGCAAGGGUACUUGGCAUAAAGAAACCUAGUCCAGAUCCUGCUCUGGAUAAAGAGUUUGGUAUAAUAAGGAAUGCUGAAGAUGUCCAAAUAAGAACUAUAGGCUACAACCACCAUGCCUUCAACACACUUAUAUCUCAGAGGAUUGGCAACCACAGAGAUCUACCUGAUACCAGAAAUAAAUUAUGUACAGCUCAAAAAUAUCCAAUGAUAUUACCAAAAGCAUCCAUCAUAAUCUGUUUUUACAAUGAGCACUUUGAGACGCUGAUGCGGUCAAUCCACUCAAUCAUCGACCGAACAGAACUGCAGUACCUGAGGGAAAUUAUACUUGUUGAUGACUAUAGCGAUCUAGACAACCUUCACGAUAAUGUUUUAAAAGCUAUCAAUGGAAUCAAUCAGAAAAUGCGUCAGUACGAGGAGAUGAUUGAAACAAAUAAUGUUGAUUUUGAAGGGAUUGUUGAUUAUAUAAAUGAUGAUAAUGCAUUGCCGAGGGAUGCCGGUAAAACCCAGCAUUUGUCUCAAGACGGGUUUAAUGUGAAGCUGUUCAGAACUAGCAAGAGGGAGGGACUUAUUAGGGCGAGGCUGUUUGGAGCUGAGAACAGCCUGGGGGAUGUGCUGGUGUUCCUAGAUUCCCACAUCGAGGUGAACGCUGAUUGGCUGCGGCCACUUCUCGCCCGCCUAUCAGAAGGCGUCGACGGCAGCAUGGAAUACUCCACGAGAGCUGUUCUACCAAUCAUUGACGUGAUCAACGCUGACACUUUCGAGUACACCGCCAGCCCAUUGGUCAGAGGCGGGUUUAACUGGGGCCUCCACUUCAAGUGGGAUAAUCUGCCGAAAGGGACAAUUGUGUCGGAUGAGGAUUAUGUGAAACCGAUCAAGUCUCCAACAAUGGCGGGCGGUCUGUUCGCGAUCUACCGCAAGUACUUCGAACACAUCGGCAAGUACGACCGCGACAUGGACGUGUGGGGCGGAGAGAACCUCGAGAUCUCAUUCAGGCUCUGGAUGUGCGGAGGCAGCUUAGAAAUGAUUCCGUGUUCUCGGGUCGGCCACGUGUUCCGCAAACGUCGACCUUACGGCUUUGGAGAGAAGGAGGAUUAUAUGCUGAAGAACUCCAUGCGAAUGGCUCACGUAUGGAUGGAUGAAUAUGUGCAAAAAGUGAUCCAGCAGAACCCGCUAGCCGCCCAGGUGGACCUAGGUGACCUAACUGAGAGGCGCGAGUUACGGAAGCGUCUGCAAUGCAAGUCCUUCAAGUGGUUCCUAGAGAGUGUUUACCCGGAGUUGGAGAAGAGUGAAGACAAGGCCAUGUCCAAGCGGGUGGCGGCUCUGAAUGACCCGGAUAAGAAUAAGUUUCAGCCGUGGCAUUCUAGGAAGCGCAACUACACAGACUCGUUCCAGAUUCGUCUGAAGAAGACCUCCCUGUGCAUCCAGAGCGCUAAGGACAUCAAGACCAAGAACAGCGGACUUAUACUGGCUAACUGCAUCCGGACUUUGAACCAGAUAUGGUUCCAGACGAGUCGCGACGAGUUGGUUCUGGGCCGCACUCUCUGCCUGGACGCAGUCAACACGAUGACGCCGCUGUUAGGGAAGUGCCACGAGCUGGGCGGCUCGCAGGAGUGGAAGCAUAAGAGUGGGGCGGCCAGUCCUAUAUACAACACGGCAGCGGGCAUGUGUCUCGGGGUGGAACGCGCGUACCGCUCUGAACCCAUUCUCAUGGUCAUCUGUGACAACCAACCGAACAACCAAUGGGACUUCGUCAGGACCUAAACGACAGUAAGCUUAUACGAUAACCUCCUCUUUAACAUCCUUUUAAAUGUUUUAAGGUGUAAAUGGUGUAACGUAUGGUGCUUUUUCGCUGUUUUGAUUGUUAUUGUAACACAGUUGGGAAAAUACAAGACUGUUAAGUUAGUGAUUGAGUUUUGAAACAAAAGUGUUUGGUAAUUUUUAUGUUGCGUUACUAAGAUGUUGCUAAGUGAGUUAAGCCUGAAAAUGUUAACAAUACUCAUAUAAAUAGACAAUGUUGUCGCCGUCCUUCCCCCUCGAAUUUAAUAUUAAGUUAUUAAUGUUAUAAUAAUAAAAUUUUUUUAUAACUUUUAUAGGUUUACAGUUUUUAUAACAGUCUUACGGUGUGUUUCACAAUGUCUGUAUAAAGAUUUUCUGUUGUCAAUAAGUCAUGACUGUAAUCUCUAAUAUGAUUCUAUAGGAAGUAACGACCUGAUUUCUAUCACACAGUUAACUUCUAUGCUGGUAUGGUGAAACAGGCACGUAUUUUAUUAUAUUUUGUGAAUAUUACGUCUAGUCCUUUGGAUAUUUUGUACAAUUUAUACUGCAUACAAUAUAAAUAAUUCUUUUACAUUAGUUUUUGAAUAUCUUUUAUAAACAAAAUUCGUAAUAAUAUCAGGUGAUGAAAAAAAAUAUCCUCGCACCUCUGGCGGUAACUGUAAAAGAAAUUUAAUCGAAAUUCAAAAUAUAAAAAAGAUAGUUCAAAAUCCAUUUUUAACCAGUUACCGACCAAUCUAAAUGGAAAUUCUAAAUUUUUAUCGUAUUAUUUAGGAAAUAUUAACGUAAGAAAUAUUAUGUAGGUGUAUAGGAAAGCAUAACGCAGCUAAGCCGUUAUAGGUCUAUGAAAGAGUUUUUACAAGAUCCAUAUUAUGUGUGCUGCCCCUUUUAUAUUUUACAUCAUGAACAAUAAUUAAGUUUGAACUAAUCAAGAUAUAAACAUUUAAUUUAAAGAAAACUUUUCACAUAUCAGACAGUUUAAUAACGAAGUAAUAAAGAUUUAACAUAAAUUAUAGUAACACUUAAAAUUAAAUCAGUUUGUCCACUCUGCUGGACAAUGCACAUACCUAGAUCUAUCCCAGGUUGCGUGUGGACACAGAGAUUUUAACAAUGAUUCCUAAAUAAUUACAACUUGGAUAUCAGUUUUUAACCCCAAGUCUUCCCAAAUAAUGUAAAAUCCGAUGCAUAAGUUCAUAUUCAUUUAACUUAAUUUUCCCUUGCUCAUAUAAUUUAAGCGAUGCUUACGAUAUACGAUGAUAUACGAGCAAGGGAGCAUCGCUUAAAUUACCUGCCAGUGCCAGAUAUUGUUAAAGUUAUUAUCAAUUUCUCAUUUUCUAUUCAUCUCAGUGUUAUUUUUAAUUGUUUAUAUAUGUUGGCUAACUACCUACAUCGAAUAACAAUAAUAAUAAUGAGAAAUUAUACUAUACUAUAUAUAGAAUCUCCAUAAAAAAUGCAUU